AUGAGCGCAACAUACGCAAAUGAUGCCAAAGAUAUCCGAUCGCGAUGCAUAGCCAACAUCGACCCACUGAGGGUCCAUCCUCUUUACUUCCUAUCAAUUAUCUACGAGAACCGCUACGAGCGAUGGACCAACUGGAUCGCCAAGAUAUGGAAUGAAGUCGCCCUGAUUGAGACAGUGACAAACAUGACGCAUCCAGAUUGGAGAGCUGGUUCAGUUCAGUCGCAUGAAGUGCGGUCCAUGUCAGCCGUCGAGAGCUUUCUUCAUCAGCUGCACGCUACUAACCUUGAGUUAUGCCACAGUAGAACUGUUCUGUCGUAUGCAUUUAGAUUCGGAAACCGUUGCUUGGAAAUUAUCAAUGAGACGGAUGAAUUGCGCAAAGGUCUGGGGAUGCUUUCUCUGUCCGCACGUCAAAGUUCGGAACUGAAAGAUGGCUUCAAUGCCAUUCUGGAGCGGUUGACUCCGUUAUCAGAUCGUGUAUCAGAAUUGAAACAGAGACUUUCUAGUCAGAUCACUGCGUCAUCUAGUUUGAUAGCCCAGAAAGAUAGCAGAGUCAAUCUAGCUAUUGCCGGACUACAAGCCAAUGAUAGCAGAACCCUCAAGGGUAUCGCAAUAUUGACGUUGCUAUUUUUGCCUUCCACACUGGUCGCUACUCUGUGGACCACAAACUUGUUUGAGUUCCAAGGUGCUACUAAUUGGAAGGUCUAUAUCAGUAUAACAGCUGUUCUCACAUUUUUGGUUAUCUCAUGCUCAUGGUUCUACACUCGACUCUUUCAACGACGAGACAAUGACCGCUGGGCAGGGUUUGCAGCAUAUGAUCUCGGCUUUAAUGCAAACAGUAAACCUAUGUAG